AUGGAGGGAGGAUUCAAGGAAAUUGCCAAGUUGCAACUACUCAUAGAGAUACGAACAAUCUGUCUAUAUCCGAAAGGUAUGUUCGGCAAGAAGAAGAUUCACAUCUGAUACGAUAGUAAGCGCCGGAAGAAACUUCUAGGCUCCUUGGCCCCCAAAUCCCUCAUGUAUUUUACGCCCUAUGACCCUGGUUGAAGAGUAUGUACUUGCCAUUCAGCAGAUGACUCUUUCGUGACGAAACAUAACUAGUACCCAAAAAAUGGAUCUGACAAUUGGCUUCGGGAAGGUAUAAGUAUGACUAUGAUGGACCCUUUUGUUUCUCCAUUGUUCUUUCAGAAAAAGCAAAAUGGCAUCCAUCGACCCUGCUAACACCUCGAAGCCCAAAGUCGAACUAAUCCCUUGGGAUCCCACCUCUCCUGAACAUGUUGAACGACUAGUACAACAACGCAUUACUUGCGGAUGGGAUUAUCAAUACGUCGAAUCAUGGAGGGAGAUUCAAGAGAGUGGAAAACUCAAUAUUCAAUGGAUUGUGAAUAUGCCUGCCCACAUCAAUUCCUGUUUACGUAUUCUAAAUCUUCCAGGUUCUUGCGGAUUCUAAUCUCGAAAAAGAUGCCAUCUUACUCAAGCAUACUGAGAAGCAUCCCAAAGAAAAAGAAUCGCUAGUUGACUCUGCAGUUUCUUUUGGGGGAAAACCUCGAGACAUUCUCUCACCAAAGAGAUCUUUCAUUCCAAUCGGACAUAUCUGUCUAGGUCCUCCAGCCGAAAAUUAUUUGAACCUUGGAUAUGUCCCAAAGACCGAGGGAUUUUACUGGAUAUCAAACUUCUAUAUUUCCCGUGCUCUUCAAGGAACAGGAUUAGGAAAGGCAGCUAUGGAUACUGUUGAAGAUUUGGCCAUCUCCGAGCCAUUGUGCGCGAAGACAUUAGGCUUGAAUACGAUUGAUAAAGUUGAUGCAGGAAGGGAGGAGAAGUACAAAGCUCUAGGCUUGGAAAUUCCACCUGUGAGUAUUUCUCGUAGUUGUUGUUUGAGAGAGUGUUGUAAUACUUACAUGCUAACUUUCAUCCAGUUCUCCAAUCAAGAAUGGUAUGAGAGAAGAGCUUAUAAAAGUUAUAGGAGUGUGGAAAAAUUGUUCGGUCCAAUGGUUGAUUCUACGGGAAAGUCAUGGUAUUGGAAUGCUGUAUUCCUGAGGAAGGAGAUUUAAGUAGGCAGGAGGUACCAUACCUACCUAUGUCUUAGUAGCCAUACCAUACAUUUCCCACGCAGAGAGUAUGUGAGGUAUUAUUUAUACAGUAUCCACGACGUCGACCACCUUACAGCUUACAAUCUUGAACUACAAUAUUUAGAGAUCACAAUCAUUAACAAAUAACAUUAUCUCUACUCUGAUAUCAACAUCCUUGGAACGUUAUCAUAAGGUACAGCCGAAUGUCCAGAAUGGGUGUUGAGACGACUACUAUGGCCGGUGAUCCCGCUUUCGUAGAAUCUUCAAUAUUGUUCUACAUAC